AUGGCAGGCCACUUCAGCGACGGCGACAUCGCGCGGUGUGAAUAUUACGCCCGGUUUGCGGCCCAUCUCGGACGGACUAGCUUCGACGUCAUCUACUGGCUACUCUUCCUGCUGGUCAUAAUCAUGUUGUUUGCCGCCUCAUGGCGGUACGGCCGGUCCGUGGAGUCAGUAUCCCAGUCCCCAGCGGGGUCGGCCGACGCAGCCCGCGAGAUGAAGCGGUGCAUGCUGGCGUGCGGGCUGUACGCCGGCGUGUCGGUGGCGGCGGUGGUGACCGAGGUGUUCGCGCUGCUGGCGCUGCAGUUCUGCGACGGCGAGGACCUGAUGCCGCUGUACUGGGCGGCCUGGACGGCCCUGCAGGUCGGCGCCCUCAUCGCCAUCCUCGGCAUCCUGCUCGCCGCCUCCCACACUGUCCGCGGCGGGGAGCACCCCCCCUGGGCGCUGGCCCUGGGAACGCCGGUGCUAGUCGUCGCGGGCCUCGGCCACGUCGUGCAGGCCGCUAUGCUGAAGCGUAUCAGGGGGGCCAGGCGCUGGAGCCCGUGUGGGCGAGGGGCCAGGUCCGAGGACAACCUGGCCAUGAGUAGGGAGGACACGAUCCGAGUCGAGGGGAGCGUGACAGGCGAGGCCGCUGGCGGAUACGACGCCCACCUGGUCGGAUACACCGCCGACGGCGGCCCCAUAAUCGAGUUCGGUAACGACGGCGGCGUCCCGGUCCGGGUGGACCAGUCCGGCGGGGAUGGCGGCGGUGGAGGAGGCCCGGACGGCGGCGGGAGGGUUGUGGUUGCGUUCUCUAAGGGCAUGGCUACGGUUGUCCGGGGCGGCCAGGGGCAUCAGGAGAAGGGGCCGGGGGAGAGGGCUGCGAGACCGGGGUCGACAACGCGGCCGCUUGAGGGUUGA